UACACUCGAAUACUAUAGUGCCUGUACCUGUACUGCGGUUUCAAGAGGAGUAGCUAGCUCGCUAGGGUGGCACAGCCAAGUAUGCGGAUAUCCGGCGGGCAGGCGCUGGGGGAGGAAGCGGUCAGCGUGGUGCGGCAGGCGGUGAGCCUGGCGGAGCAGCGGGGGCACAGGCAGGUAACCCCGCUCCACAUGGUGAGCGCCAUGCUCUCGGCGUCCCCGGCACCGGCAUGCAUCCUACGCGCCGCCUGCCUCAGCUCCCAGUCCCACCCGCUGCAGCACAAGACGCUCGACCUCUGCCUAGACCUCGCGCUCAACCAGCUCGCCGUGGCCGUGAGCCGCCGCGGUGGCGACCACGUCGAACCUGCGCGGUCGAACGCGUUCACGGCCGGGCUGAAGCGGGCCCAGGCGCACGGUCGCCGGGGCCCCGUGGGCGGCGACAAGGUCGAGCUCGAGCAGCUCGUCCUCUCCAUCCUCGACGACCCUAGCGUCGACCGCGUCAUGCGCGCGGCCGGCUUCUCGAGCUCUCAGGUCAGGGCCAGCGUCGUUUCAUUGGAGCAAUCAGCGAGCUUUCCUGAUCCGUUUCCCGAGAAGAUCGGGGCUGGAGGACAACCAUCCCUCCAAACCGCCCCGGAGCUUCACCUGCCAGUCGUGGUCGACGACGUCCCACACGGAAGUGAGUGUCAAGCUAGCAAUGUAAAAUCAGGAGCAAGGUGGCCGGCCUUCUUUGGCUGCACCGAGGUAAUCCCCACGACGGUGAGCCUUCCUCCGUGGCUCCGCUACUACAAGGAUACAACUUGCAUCAGAUCAACAUACUGCAACACCAAUCUUCAAGCAAACGGUGCUUCCCGCCGUCCGAAGUUCACGGAGCUCACCGCAGACAAUCUCAAGAUCCUGUGCGACGCGCUUGAACUGCGCGUUCCGUGGCAUGGGAACAUCGUUCCCGGCAUAGCAAGCACGGUGCUCCGGUGCCGAUCCGGCGUGACAAGGAGGAGGGUGGGGGACAAGCCGUUCAAUUCAUUGUCGUCGUCAACAACGACCUGGUUGCUCUUCCAUGGAAGGGACGGUGUCGUCAAGACAGCGGUUGCUCGGGAGCUUGCGAGGCUCGUCUUUGGAUCCUACACCGACUUCACUGCCCUGCAGGGUUACCCCGACAUUGCCGCACAAACCGGCAAACUCGCCCUCAAGAGGCAUAGAUCACCGGAAAACAAUGGCGAUGGCAACGGUGGGGACGUUGGAGCGAGGCUGUUCAAAGCGAUCGCAGAGAACCCUCACCGCGUUAUAUUGAUCGAUGGUGUCGACCAACUGGGUCGCGAUUUGGAAACACGCAUCAAGAACGCGGUUGCGGGAGGAACACUAAUGGGAGGAUGCAACGGCGACGUGGUCGAUUUGGAGGAUGCCAUCAUAGUGUUGAGCUCUAAUGUGUUGGACUCGAGGUCUAUGGUUUCCGCUUCCUCCCCACGGGUGAAGCGACGGUUUACCAGGCAGAACUGCGAGGAUGGUGACGCCGCGGAGAUGGAAAUGAGAUCUCGUCGUCAUCUUAGCUGGGACUUGAACGUUUGUGCAGUUGAUGAGGACGAGGAGGAAGGCAGUUUUGACGGGAUCAUGAAUGUCGUGGAUGGUGUUUUCCUUUUCAAUUAGCUGGAAAAUUUCAUAUCUUUCUAGUUAUUUCAUAUCAUAGUUU